ACCCGCUCGGGGGUUUCGCACGUGCGUCUGCGUGAGGAGAGGGCGAAAUGGAGGUCUCGGUGUCCAAGCUGCCGUCAACCUCAGCCACGACUGCGACCUCCACGUCGACUCCCGCGGCCUCGACCACACCGGAGCAUGUGGACAAAGAGCAGAUUAGAAAGGCAGUGGAAGCUCUUUUGGCACAUUCCAAGUCCAGGAAAAACGAUAAUGGAUUGCUUUUGAAUGAGAAUGAAAAUUUGUUUUUAAUGGUGGUAUUAUGGACAAUUCCAAGUAAAGAACUGAGGACCACAUUGUUUUUGCCUCAUGGUAUUCUAUCAGAUUUAGCAGAAAUCUGUUUGUUUACUAAGGACGAACCCAAUUCAACUCCUGAAAAGACAGAACUUUUCUAUAAAAAGCUUUUGAAGAAGCAUGGAAUUAAAACAAUUUCUCAGAUUAUUCCCCUCCAAACUUUAAAAAAGGAAUAUAAAGCCUAUGAAGCCAAGCUCCGCCUCUUGGGGAGUUUUGACUUCUUCCUGACUGAUGCAAGAAUUAGGCGGCUUUUACCCUCACACUUAGGGAGACAUUUCUAUCAAAGAAAGAAAGUUCCAGUGUCUGUAAACCUUCAGGCCAAGAAUUUAUCGAAAGAAAUCAAUGGGUCUUUAGGUGUAACAGUCUUGAACAUCUCUAAAAGUGGUUCUUGCAGCUCUAUACGAGUGGGUCACACUGGAAUGCAGACUGAGCACAUCGUUGAAAACAUUGUUGCUGUCACAAAAAAGCUUUCAGAGAAAUUGCCGGAGAAGUGGGAGAGCGUGAAACUCCUGUUCGUGAAAACUGAAAAAUCAGUUGCCCUUCCCGUCUUUUCCUCAUUUGUCAGCAUUCAGGAUGAAACCAACAGAAAACUCAUUUCUAACGAGAAGGAAAAAGCGGCAAAGAAAAGACACAAAGAAAGAAAAUAUCUUGAAAAACAACAGCGGUGGAAGAAAAACAAAAAAAUAAGGCGACAGGCUAGGAAGGCUGCAUCAGUCCAAACUAAAAGUGGCAUGUCAUCUAAAAUUAGUGGUGCUCCAGUGAAGAAUCCUGGGUCCCAGAAGAAAAAGACUGGCAGAGUAAAGGCCCAAAUGAAAGUGACAAACAAAUCCGAAGGUGAAAUUCCACAACUGGUACCAAUAGGCAACACUCCAGCUAAAGAAAAUGUAGAGAUGCAGAAACAUGCCACAGGAAAGAGGUCUCCAAAAAAGAGUCCUGAUCCCAACAAACCUCGUGGGAAGAAGAGGAAGGCCUUGCCAGCUUCAGAGACCCCAGGUAAAGGCCCAGGGAAGAAGCCAAAAAUCAAAGAAGAGGCGAGAAAAAAAGACCCAAGAAAGACUCCAAAAAAGCCAGAGGCCAAGUUCUUCGCUAAUGCUAAUAAAUCUGCAAGAGAAGCUCCCCCACACCCUUAAACAAUAGCCCCAAAACUCAGAGUGCUCCAGUUGACCUAAAAUCAGUGAGUCAACCAGAAGGAAAUAGAGCUAACUGAAGAGCUUUUUAAAAAUACUGGGUUCCUGACCCCUGUUGCAACCUUUGCCAAAAUUGAGGCUCGAUCUUAAAUAUGUUUUAAAACCUUCACAGGUUAUUCUGAUGUAUGUACCUGGGUGUAAGAACCAGUGGUUUGAAGUAAAAUCUACUUUUUAAUUGUAUUUACUAAUAUAAUAGAGGGAAAAUAGCAUGCUUUUCUGUGGAUGUUUUUUAUUAUUAAAGUAUAAGAUUUGCUUUUGAGUAGAUGCAGUGUUGGCAUUCUGAAUCUUGUUGGUUACAUUUGAAGGUCUGUGAUGUGGCCCUUUCCCUCAUCUGCUCUAAACCAUUUAUUCACAUAGGCUCCAUUACACUGGUUUGUGCAAACAUUCCCAAAGUAAGCCAGUGAGGAGCUCAUUGCCUGAGACUCAGCUUUGGAACUUAGAAAAAUACAGGUUUCUUGGCCCUUGUGCUGAGAUGGUGUUUGUCUUGGUGGUGGUCAGCCAAGCUUAUGAAUCACUGACUUAGCAUACAUAUGGUAAGGGAAAUUAACGUGGAAUCAUUUGUGGAGGCACUGAAUUGGAUCCUGCCCAGUAGAGGCAAGAAAAUAAUUUAUCUUCCAGAGGCCUCACCAUCUUCCUCCAAAUCAUUCUUUGCUCCAUAUAGGUUUACUUAAAUGUGCCAACUCUAAGAUGGAAAACUUAGGAGAGUAAGCUGUUUAAUUAAAGUUGGCACAAUUUCAAGUAUAACCUGAAGCAGUAACUGACUUUUUAGGUACUCGGCCCUUGAGUGGAUUUGAAUUGGGGCAUGCAUCCCUAAUAGUAAGUGAUGGACUCACUGUAGUACAGGAAUGUGCUUGCCUGAACAGCCAGAAAUGGGGCAUGCUUAAAGCUCCUCUCGUCCAGAAACAAGUCAUGAAAGAAGGAAUAAAAGCUCUGUAGUUCUCCCUCGAGUGGAGUCCAGAGUGCUUUUGCUUUUUUGUAGCACAAAAGUUGUAAUGUUAACUUUUUAAAUUACAAAAGCCUCUAAAAUUCACCAUUAUUUGUAAUCCUGUCCUUUCAGGCUUCUAAAAAUGAAUAUACAUUUAAUGUGUUGUAGGGGUUUAGCUUUGUUGAUUUGUUUUCCAUAGGUUCUAUGGGAAGGUGGUCAGAUAGACUUGCUUCACUUAUUCAAAAGUCUACUGCUUUGUGUAGGUCAGACCCACGUAGGUAAUUACGUUAGUCUGUUCUCUACAUGACAGAAUUUUCUGGGGACAGCCAUAUGGUUUUAUAAUCCCAUCCUCUAGCCAGUUAAGGAUUUUGCAGCACCUGUACCUUAGUCUUGUUGAUUGUAAUGCAUGUAUUUACAUUCCUGUGUCGGCAUCUGUUUUCUCUGUAAUAUGUUCUCAAGGUGCUCUACAUUGAAAAAAGCAGACUGGCUUAAAUUUCUUGAGCAGUAUGCCAGUAUUUUUGACAGUGGAAGGCGGCCACGGUUGAAAAAUAGAUGAUAGUCCUGAAUUGUAAUGAGCAAAUGUUGAAAUUACAGUCCUAGGGUCCCAAGGCUUGAGAAGUAUAGGGAACACACUCCUAGCUGGCUGACACAGCUACAAACUGAUAGUAGUCUACCAGUGGCCAAGAGGAGGACUGCAAAUUAGUGCUACAGUAAAUCCCACUCGGUUGAGUAUGCAGUUGAUGUUUCACCGGAAGUCAGUGCUGAAUUUCUGGAAUCCAUCUGCCAUACCAGGGAGAUUCAAUGGACAAAAUGGGAUCUGGUGGGAGAAACUUGAAUACAGCAUUUUUGUUUUGAAGAAAGUAUUAAAAUUUUAAUUUGCUUUUUAGGGACUGUAGUAAGCAUCAAACAUUCGAUAUUAUUUUUUAAUGCCUUGAAUGUAUUUAAUGUAGUCCAAGGGUUUAAUAAAGAUCACAUUGUAUUCCAUCUCCUCCAGAAAGAUUAAAAUGAGGGUACAGAGAAGUUGCUAAGUGUCAUACUGUCUUAUCUGACCAAAACCACUUUCUCUAUUUUCAGUUCACUGGUGUUUAAGGGUUUCAAUAGCAAAGUCUCACCAUUUAAUUAAAUAUUUGAAGGUUCUGCAUUCCCUAUAUAUUUUUUUUUCUUAAAUUGCUACUGUUUUCCCUGCCUACAAUUAAUCUCAAUAUUUAAACAUCAAUAUUCCUAAUUAGGAUUUUAUGAACCAUGAGACGCCCUCAUCAAUUUUUGGAUCCUGAAGGAAUCAGUACAUAUUGUAAAAGACUAAAUAAACUUUUGAUUAUAGUGAUCAUUUCAGUAUAGUGGUCCUGGAGAGAGAAAGUGGCAAAUUAUUUAGGUGGCUAUAUUUAACUCCAGAUUCUAAUGUCUCAGUUCAACUCUCCUAAAAUGAUUAAUAUCUCCUGUUUAUAUAACUCAGUUGGAGCAUUUCCUAUAUUUGAAGUUAUAGGGAAUAUAGGCAUAAUUUUGAUUUACCUAUAAAGACGUCUGUUUGCUUUCCAAAAGACAGUAGCUGAUAAUGUGAACAAGACAUUCAAUUUUCCAUUAUAUAUUUCCCUCAAUUUCUCCAGUGUAUUCUUACAAUGUCUCAAAAACUCAGCCCUUCAACCACCAAGUUUUGUCAGUUUUUCUUUUCAUUCACUCAGCCAUCCACAUUAUCCACAUAUCCUUUAACCAUUAAGUUCCUACAAACUGCCAAGUACAGUACUAGACUCUAGAAACUAAUGCUUAAGUCAGGGCUUUGAACUUCAGGGGAGCCGCAGUCUAGUUAGUGGUGGUCUCAGAAUUUUGAUACUAGAGGCAGCAGAGUUAGGCUGCAAGGACAUAGUCCUGGUGGCUAGGGAACUUUUGAUGUCUAUUGCCACACUUUUACACUUAGAAUGUAUACUUUGGGGGGAAGUGCUAAUGGAGGUGGUGGGAAAGAUGCUAAAACCUCUCUAAGCCACCCCUUGUCUCUUCUGAAUGGAGAAAGGGACACUAGAAACAAAUGAAAUAAAGUACAACUAGCUGUACCCGGCAAAACAUGCACCAUUCAAAGGCGAGCUGUUUCCAGAACCAGUCUAUAUAGAGAACUAACGAUUAAAAUCAAACAAAAACACCAUUCAAGCAGAGCCUAAGAGUUACUCAAAACAACAAAGCCAACAUCUUAUUCCAUUCAUUUUCCCAAGAUCAAGCCAAAAGCUUCUUGUACACUUUCCUAGAAAGAAUCUUGUGUACAAGUUCAUUAAAAAGAAAAAGAUGGACUGGCCGUCUAGCUCACUUGAGAAAGCACACUGCUGAUAACACCAAGGUCAAGAGUUUGGAUCCACUCACUGGUCAGUCACCAAAAAAAAAAAGCAACACAAAUGACCUUGUGUUAUAUGUGUUGCAUGACCACUGGCUUUUUCCCACUUAGUGGUUAUCUUAAACUUCUUUCCAUUAUCAAGGCUCACAGACACAUAACUGAUUUAGUCUGUUGUAUGGAUUAUAGAUGUAUCAGAGCUUGCUUAACUAUUCCCCUGUUGAUAGACAUUACCCAUCUUUCUGGUUUUUUGCUAGUGUGAACACUGCUGUAUUAAAUAUCCCUAUAUUAAAGCAUAUCUAUGAAAAAGUAGAGUGGAGGGCAGGUGUACUUGCAAUUUUGAAAGAUACUGCUAAAAUGACUUCUCCCCCCUGCCCACCCCCCAGCAGCUGGCCACUAGGGGGAUCCGAACCCUUGACCUUGGUGUUAUCAGCACCACACUCUAACCAAGUAAUAAAAUGGCUUUUUUAAAGCCUGUAAAAUGGUUUGCGUUUUUUUAUACAUUUCCCCGGUAUCAGUAUUGUCAGGUUUUUGAAUAUUUGUAAGUCUGUUAGAUUUCAUUUGUAUUUCGCUGGUGAGGUUGGAUAUAUCAUUUUUCAAUAGUUUUAUUGUGGUAAAAGCACAUAACGUAAAAUUUACUGCCACCAUUAUGGCUGCUUCUAGGUAAAACGAUCUUAUGAUAACAUUUUCCAGGACAGGUGGACAUGACUGCUGGUUUACCGCAAAUCUCCCAAGGCAUGUAAUUUAGCUGACCUGUCAGAGCAGAUAUUUUUGUUAUCACCCUUCCCACCUUACUAUUGGUUGGUUGUCCUUAUUAGUGUGUAAGAGUAUGUGGUUUUGAUGCUUAUGUCUUAUUAUGUUACAAAUAACUUUACUAGGUUAUUGUAUUAUUUAACUUUUACAAAAUAACUUGUCAAGAAAAACUGAGUUUUCUAAAUAUGUUAAUUAGUUUCAUUUAGUCUAUCCACUGUGUAUACAUAUAUCAAAUCAUGUUGUACACCAUAAAUAUAUAGAAUUUUUAUUCAUUCAUUAAUAAUUAAUUAAGAGAUUCUUGAAUGUCUUUGCAGUGGGAUGUUGAGCAGUGUCUAGCAGACCCUUCAGGGACUAUCUACUUAUUUGAUUAUCUUUGACUAGGCUAUUUUAUGACUUUGUAGAGACAGAAGUUAACUUGUAGAAAACUGAUAGUAAUGCAGUUAUUUUCUGUCCAUACCUUAGCAAACAAUUACUGUUUAUGGGAAUGCGAAUUAUUUGUUACUUACAGCAUAUAAAUCCCUGUAUGUCAAAUGGUCAUUUGAACCACGUUAACAUCUUACUGGUUCUCUCAUUAGUUA